AGCCGAUUGACAGUUUUGCACUCUUUGGCCAGCUCAUCGGUGUGUACGUUUCAAACAUUUCGGGAGCAUUCUCGCCGUGAUUUCAUGGCAGUUCGGCUUGCUAUUUAAUAAUUUAGUUUAAAUCAGUGGUAACAAUGACGAAUUUGUUUUCUGCCUUCAUCGUGCUGGUCGCCUUUGCGGCCACCGCGAACGCUAUUAUGUGGAAACUCGAGCCAAACACGCACAAAUGUUUGAAGGAGGAGUUGCAUCAAAAUGUUCCUGUUACCGGCGAGUAUGAAGUUUCGGAAGUUCCCGGACAGAAAGUCGACUAUGUUGUUAGAGACUCAAAGGGCCAUGUCUUGGCUCAAAAAGAUGACAUUGUGAAGGGAAAGUUCUCAUUUGUGACAGAGACUUAUGAUAGCUACGAGAUUUGCUUCAUUUCAAGAGUGCCAGAACGUCAAAGAGGUAUGUCUCACGAAGUGUCCCUAAACACAAAACACGGAGUUGAAGCGAAAAACUACGAAGGAAUUGGAGAAGCAGCGAAGUUGAAACCUAUUGAAGUCGAAUUAAGACGACUAGAAGAUUUAUCCAAUGAUAUCGUGCAAGAUUUUUCAAUAAUGCGUAAACGUGAAGAAGAAAUGCGUGACACAAAUGAGUCAACAAACACUAGGGUAUUGUAUUUCUCAGUGUUCUCCAUGUUUUGUUUGCUGGGCCUGGCGACAUGGCAAGUAUUGUAUUUGCGGCGAUACUUUAAAGCCAAAAAACUCAUCGAAUAAUGUGCAGAGGUGUAAAAACAAAUUAAAGCUAAUAGAGUUGCACAUCAUCAACAGCCACCUCAACAAACGUCAUCAUCGUCCUGAUUUAUUUGUAAUAUUUGUGAUUGGAAUAAAAAAGAACUCCAUAUUUACGUGAAA